AUGAUCUGGAGUGUGAGAAAUAUGGCCCAUGUGGACUUUGAGGCUUUAAGAGGUACUCAGACGGUCUACAAGCCAGGAAAGAACGACUCCGAGUUCUUCAAAAGUUCAAGACAGGCUCAACUUGAUAGGAACUGGGAAAAUCUAAAUGUCAAGAUUGACAAGAGAGAGGUGAUCUACACCACAAACCAAUAUACCGUGGCUGCAAUCAUCACUAAGCAUUUCAUCACUCAAGCAAUGAGAGAUAAGUUAAGCAAUGAAACUGAUUGGUUGGACCUCAAGGAAGACCAUGUGAUGCUGUUGAAGCGUAUAAAGACGUUCAUGACCAUCAUGCAUGAGACCAAGUGGCAACACUUUGGACUCAUGGAAUCUCUCAAGAGAUUCACGAACUGCACUCAGAAGCAAAAUGAGUCUGUGAACGACUACAGAAGGCGGUUCGAAGCUCAAGCUGACCAAAUAUUCGAAAUCCUUGGCACCGAUGUGUUGCAUGUCUAUGCGACCAAAACAAUGGGAUACCUGGAUCUGUACGAUCCAGAGGCCGAUUCGGACAAUAUCAAGGCGCUCCAAGACAAGUUCAAGAAAGAAGUUCUUAAAGCAAGUGCAUUUUUCUACAACUGCGACAGGUCUCGCUUCCAAAGCAUGUUGGACAAGGUGAACCAGACCUACGCCAUUGAAUUCAAGGAAUACGGCCAAAGAAACGAAUAUCCGACUACGAUUGACCAGUGUUGUGUUGCACAUUGA